AUGAUCAGUAUCCAGGUAAAACAUACAAUGGCUCCCUCUGCCAUCGUGACGACGGCCGAUUCUGCCACGGGCAGCCUGGCUGUCAAGGGCGUCAAGAAGGACAGUGGCAUCCCUGAUGCCAAUACUAAGGCCAUCGACAGCAUGAUGGGCCAGUGGGCCUCGUUCACCUUCUCGCCGAUUCGCGAGAGCCAAGUAUCCCGUGCGAUGACCAGCCGAUACUUCUCGGAUUUGGACUCAUAUGCGGAGUCUGACAUUGUGAUCAUCGGCGCGGGAUCUUGCGGUUUAUCGGCUGCCUACACGCUCGGAAAGCUGCGGCCUGAUCUCAAGAUUGCAAUUAUUGAAGCUGGCGUCGCGCCCGGCGGUGGUGCGUGGCUGGGUGGUCAGUUAUUCUCGGCCAUGGUCAUGCGCAAGCCGGCUGACGUCUUCCUGACUGAUCUCGGCAUCCCGUUUGAGGACGAGGGCAAUUUCGUUGUGGUCAAGCAUGCAGCACUGUUCACCUCGACUAUUCUGUCCAAAGUGCUACAGUUCCCCAACAUCAAGCUCUUCAAUGCUACCACUGUCGAGGAUCUUAUCACUCGUCGCUCCGCUGGUGGAGCUGGUGAUGUGCGCAUUGCAGGUGUGGUUACAAACUGGACUCUGGUUUCGAUGCACCACGACGAUCAGUCUUGCAUGGACCCCAACACCAUCAACGCCCCGCUGAUCAUCAGCACUACUGGGCAUGACGGCCCGUUUGGUGCCUUCUCUGUGAAGCGACUCGUUAGCAUGAAACAAUUGGAGCAACUCGGUGGAAUGCGUGGUCUUGAUAUGCAGACGGCAGAGGACGCAAUUGUCAAAGGCACCAGGGAGAUUAUACCAGGUCUCAUCGUGGGAGGAAUGGAGCUUUCUGAGGUUGAUGGAGCCAAUCGCAUGGGACCUACGUUUGGUGCCAUGGCGCUGAGUGGAGUAAAGGCGGCUGAAGAAGCGCUCCGAGUCUUCGACCUCAGGAAGGCCGAGAAUGAGAAGUAA